GAGCUGACUGUGAAGAUGGAGGGGCCGGAGCUACUGCUUGACUCCAACAUCCGCCUUUGGGUGGUCCUACCCAUCGUUAUCAUCACCUUCUUUGGGCACUACGAGUCGAUCCUGCUGCAGAGUGACAAGAAGCUCACUCAGGAACAAGUCUCCAACAGUCAAGUCCUAAUUCGAAGCAGAGUCCUCAGGGAAAAUGGAAAAUACAUUCCCAAACAGUCUUUCUUGACACGAAAAUAUUACUUCAACAACCCAGAGGAUGGAUUUUUCAAAAAAACUAAAAGGAAGGUAGUGCCUCCUUCUCCUAUGACUGAUCCCACUAUGCUCACAGACAUGAUGAAAAGCAAUGUGACAAAUGUUCUCCCUAUGAUUCUUAUUGGUGGCUGGAUCAACAUGACAUUCUCUGGCUUUGUCACAACCAAGGUACCAUUUCCACUGACUCUCUGUUUUAAGCCUAUGCUACAGCAGGGAAUUGAACUACUCACAUUAGAUGCAUCCCGCGUGAGCUCUGCAUCCUGGUACUUCCUCAGUGUCUUUGGGCUUCGGAGCAUUUACUCUCUGAUUCUGGGCCAAGAUAAUGCCGCUGACCAGUCACAGAUGAUGCAGGAACAGAUGACUGGAGCAGCCAUGGCCAUGCCUGCGGACACCAACAAAGCUUUCAAGACAGAGUGGGAAGCUUUGGAGCUGACGGAUCACCAGUGGGCACUAGAUGAUGUCGAAGAGGAGCUCAUGGCCAAAGAUCUCCACUUUGAAGGCAUGUUCAAAAAGGAAUUACAGACCUCUAUUUUUUGAAGACCAAGGAGGGAUUUGCUGUGUCCGGAACUCAGAGUAGUGGUUAACUUUGUAACUUUGGUUUGAGCUGGAGCCUCUCAGAAUAAA